UUAUCGUCUGCUUUCUACUCUUCUGUUUUCCACGUCAUUUUAGUAAAAAAAAAAUGUCGCAUUUGCAGGUUGAAUUUCUACAACGUCUCAGUAGUAAUAGUCGGCAUGUUUUCAAAUAUGAAAAUGCUGAAUUGCAAGAUAAGGCUAAAGCUUGCGUCCCCCUUACGGAUUUACUAGUGCGUGCUCAACAGAACUGUUCAAGUGAUCCUAAAGCAGACACUGAACUAUUUCGGGAUGCCCUACUGAUUGAAUUAUUAUCCUGGUUCAAAAACAGUUAUUUUAGUUGGUUUGAUGCAGCCACUUGCAGCACAUGCAACACAGACAUGCAAAGUGUUGGUCUGGGAGUCCCAAGUGCUGAGGAUGUGCGAUAUGGUGCCAACCGGGUGGAAAAUUACAAGUGUAGCUCUUGUGGGGCUACAGACAGAUUUCCAAGAUACAAUGACCCUGAAAAACUUCUGCAGACCAGAAGAGGAAGGUGUGGUGAAUGGGCCAACUGCUUUACUCUUAUUUGUAGGGCUUUGAAAUAUGAUGUCCGAUAUGUAUUGGAUUGGACAGAUCAUGUUUGGACAGAGGUCUAUUCAGAAAGACUAAAAAGAUGGUUACAUUGUGAUUCCUGUGAAGCUGUUUGUGAUAAGCCCCUUCUUUAUGAAGCGGGUUGGGGAAAGAAAUUUUGUUAUGUAAUUGCUUUCUCCAAGAACGAAGUGCAAGACGUGACAUGGCGCUAUGUCCGAAACCAUAAAGAGGUUUUAAAACGAAGAAACCUGGUUUCAGAAGAAUGGCUUCUUCAUCAAACCAACAGACUUUCUCAACAACUUCAAUCAUCUCUUGGUGUUUCACAAAGGGAGGCGCUGACUCUACGACUCAUUGGCGAGUUGACCGAGUUUCUGUUACCAGGAGAAGUCAAGGAAGGUGAAGUGCAAGGUAGAACGAGUGGUGAUGUCACCUGGCGACAAGCCCGCGGUGAAUUGGGGAUGACUCGACCCAAGCACAAGCCAAUUAUUUGGACUCCUUCAGAGAAUGAAAUGAAUAAUGGAGAAUUCUGCUUGGUAUACAGUGCCAGUUUGGACAAGUAUGUUCGUCGCUCAGAUGGAGACACCACGAUAGACAAAUGGAUCAAUGGAGUGUUCCAGGCGGAGGCUGUUUUUCGUAAAACAGAAAACGACUGGAACAUGGCUUACUUGGCCCGCGUUGAAGGAAGUCCGAAAAGUAGCUUGUCUUGGAAAUUUGAUUUAUCGUCAACAAAUCUGGUUAUUCUUCAAGCUACCGUAUCUUGCCCUGGAACAACAUACGAGGAUGGAGAAAUUAUUUGGAAAAUUUGCGGACCAGAUCACUGCCAAAUCCUAGAAAAUGGCUGUAUUGACUUUGAAGUUGAUUUGUCUGGAUCCAAGUGGUGUGUACUGAGCGCCGAGAUGAGUCGCGGUCGAGGAGACAACGCCUGGCAACACACUCAAAUAGCCCGUCAAUCAACCAAAGAGUUGGACCGCUUUCCCCUGUGCCUCCGGAUUUUCUUCGGAUCAGCAGAUUGAGUGAGAUAAAUCCUAAUCAAACUAUCAGCAUGUCGCGGUAUUCUAUUUAAAAGAAGAAGAAAAACACCAAACUGCUUUCAGCAUUGCGCUGAUAGAUCUGUUUUUGUUGAUUCUAGGAAAAAAAACUGUUGACCCACUUAGACUAGUUUGCUGAUUGACUAAAUGAUCCAAUGUGGGAACGUUGCCAAAAAAAACGAAUUCUUUCUUCUAGAGGCUACGAGUUGUAGGUACCGUUUUCCAUGGGGGGGUUGUUAUUUAUUCUUUAUUUCACUUUACAAAAGAAAAUUUUAAAUACACUGUGUACAUACGAUGUAUGUAUAAUUCUUAGAAAGAAAAAAAAAGCUUUUGAUGAAACACGGCAUCUAAUGUUUAACGGUUACCAUAGACGUCGAUCAUUUAAAGGGCAGCACGCGCUCGAAGGUAUUCUUUCAUUCAAUGUGUUGCUAUAUUGUACGGAUAGGCUUUUAUUUGUUGGGGGGAAGAGAAAAGAGGGUUGGGUUUGUUGUGAAUCUGAUACAAUAAAGGUGGGACGUAGUGUACUAUCGCCAACGGUUUUUCAUUUCCCUCUCCCUUCUACCAACAACAUGGCACACACCUGGAUGCGGGGGAAAAUACCUCCCUCAAUUCUUCAUCAUUCUGUUACUUUAUUUUUUUCCAGGAUUUUGUACAAAAUGUGGCGUCACUGACGCUUCACUUCGCAUUGUUAUUCUAAUUUAGUCCAGAUAUACUGAACUAUCGAUAUUUUUGAUUUUUGCGCUUUUCCCACGGACGGACUGACCCCUGGAAGAAAAUGGGUCGAAUGUGUCUCUGAAGAGAUUAUCUACCAUCCGCCUCCGCCCUUCGCCAAUAUGCUUCUCGUUAGUUGACCCUUUUAGGUUCAUUAGCAUCAAAUUAACUCGAGGCUUCCAAAAGUAUUU